AUGGACAUCAGCGUUUCGUGUGAUGCAAUCGUUACAUCGUUUAAAGCACCCGCCUCAAUACGCUACUACAGAGGUCAGAAAAAAAAAUUCAUUUAUUUCAUUGCUUUAUUGCUUAUGAGCCGUCGUGCUAGUCUUCCAUUUACACCAGCACCAACAGAAAAUCUGCCUUCAGAUAAUGAUUCCAUGGUGCCACAAUUUCACCAUUACUAUAGUUCUCACCCGCAGCUUCCUCAAAUCAAUGGUAUAUCGCGUAGUCUAUUUCCAUAUUAUUCAUUCGAACGUAAAUCUUCACCACUGGCUCAGUCUAUCUUAUCAAAGCGACACCCAGCUAAUCGGGCAUUUAUUGGGCUUCAGUGGACACCCUCUUCCCCAACCUUAAAUAAUUGUGGCUUUUACCCGAUCGCACAAAGAUUUAUUUCUUUGCCUGUAAGAUGCAGCUAUGUUACAAAUCGGUACUACCAUGAUAAUCCACAAAUAUUACCUCCAAAAAAAUACAAUUUUCGGCGAUCAGCAAAAUCUGAUUUAGCCCAUCGAUUUCAGAAAAACAGUGAUUAUUCGAAUGAAUCAACGCCAUCUAGAGGUGAAAUUUUUUUAUAUAAAUAUUUGCACAUAUGA